AUGUUCAAGAAAAAGCCGACUAUCAAAUCAGCUAGUAAUCUUAAGAAUUCAGAGAGGAAGAAGUUACUAGGGAAUGUUAGAGCUCAGUGUGCCAAUCAAGAGUUUCAGUUUUCAACAACUAUAGUGAAGCAAGCUACGUUUAAAACACCAACAGCUACGGGUACUAUCUUUACAGAUGAGGAUAAUAAGCCCAUAUUCUUUAAGGAGAAGCAUUCAGAAUUCUUGAUUCCUACAAUAUUGACCUGUUGGCAAUAUCCAGGGCUGUUGCACGUUGUUCUGACCCAUAAGCAUGUUUUGGAUAAUAAACUUAAAAAUGGAGCUGAUCUGAUGUUGCCUGGCACUAUACCUCCCUUCUCAGAUAAUUGUACAAGAGGGAAACUAGUCGGUGUUGCCAGCAGUGAAACUCCAUUUGUUGUUGAAGCCAUAGGAGUGUGCCAGUUAAAUUUGGCCGGAAUUGUGAAAGUUGUUGGAGAAACUGGCGUAGCUGUGAAGGUUCUCCAUACCAUCAAUGAUGGCUUAUGGGAAGUCUUUAAAAUGAGUGUGGAACCUCCCUCACAGUUACUAGUUUCACAGAAACAUGAGGUAGAAUUAGAAGCUCUAGCUCAAGCUGAUGAUGCUGGUGGAAUUCAGGAGGACGAAGAUUUACCAACAGCAAAGACUGCCUCUGGGCCCUUAGAGGAGCCUAACUCAUUGAGCGAAGUGGCUGAACAGUUAGAAGAACUGUCCAUUGAAACUGUCGACCAUUUUUUGACUCAGGCUGUCUACUACACAUUAGCUUUAGAUAACACUUUAAAGCUUCCCAUUGGUGCAUCUAAUUUUAUCGCAAACCAUGUAAUGAAAAACCUCCCACGCAUUCAUAAGACGCAAGUGUCAUUAAAGAGAUCUUCUUGGGCGAGGGCUUCAAAGUUCCUAAAAUAUUUUGAGAACCAAGGAUUUCUGAAGCUUAAGGGUAAAGUUGAGAACCUCACGGUUGUUUCUGUAAAUAAGGAUAAAACAGAAAUCAAGAGCUUUCAGCCUUAUCGAACCAUUCAAAAGAGUGUUAGUACAUCCUCGAAGAAUAAUGACAAGCAUGAUGUUGAAGUAGUGGUAUAUUAUCAACCACUGAACACAGCGAAAGCUACACUACACGCAUUGGGGAAUAACCCCAACGCUAUGUUGAAGGCUAAAGAUAUCAAAGCUAUACUGAACAAGUACGUAACCGAAAAGAAACUGGUGAAUGCAACAGAUGAAAGGAUCAUUCUCUUAGAUGACACUCUCUUUUCAUUAGCAUACAAGAAAUCUGCAUCUGAUUCCACUAGAAAAGUCUUGCGGGCUAAAAUGUUCGAUUUGAUAUUGAGUACCAGUUUUACUGAAGUGUUUUUUAUAUUCAAAGAUGGCAAACCGUUGUCCUCAAAGCCGCUAAAGUCAAAAAAUCGAAACGUUUCAGUCAUGACGGAAAUGAAGAUACACAGAAAGAUUGUUACUAGAAUCUCUAAUUUUGAGAUUUACGGCGUUGAUCCAGAAGAAUUGUCACUCGAAUUACGCAAGAGAUGCAGUGGAUCAUCCACGGUACUAGAGCCAAGCACACUUCAAAGUACAACAGAGGUGCAAGUUCAGGGUCCUCACGGAAAUACAGCGAUAAAUAUCUUAAACGAACAUGGCAUUCCUAGCAAAUAUAUUGACUUUGAUAACAAGUUGAAUAAGAAAAAGAAGUAG